ACAGAUCCGGGGAGGGGCGAGCCAAGGUUCCCCUUUUAUUGGAAGCGGGGGGCCGGGGAAGACACGGGGAAAUUGGGUCUUUUUUCCUUGAAAGGAGGACCUGGGAGCCUUUUCAUGAAAGAGGCACAAGGGCUUUCACGCCGAAGGAAUAGAUGGAGGGAAGGUCUGGGUAGAGAGGUUUGGGGUACCCCUUUCUUGGUGAUUUUUUUUCUUUUCAUGAGAAAGGAUUGAUUGGCUUCUGUGAAAGUGGGAUUUACCUUCUUGGGAGGAUGAAGGGCUUUCAAGGUAGGUGGAUAAGGUGGUUCUGGCUGGGCUGGAGGGAGGGGUUACCUAGAGAGUGGUGGGGAGGAGGGCUCUGAGGUCCCCUCAACCUGACAUCGCUGCACCUCACCGUUGGUUCGGGGCUUUGGGUCAGCCCAGUUCUCUGUGUCCCAGUUUUUCUCUCUGAAGAUGACUAUUUUAGAGCCCCACCUGGACAGAGCUAGGACAGCCAUUUCCAUCCCUGGAGCUAUGACGCCCACCUGCCACCCCCCCACCUCUGACCUGCUCAGUGAAGGGGCUUCAAGGGAGGAUGGAGACCCAGGGACCUGGGAAAUGGGCACUGGAGGGUGAAACGGAGGCUGGGUGCCAGGCACACAGGAAGACACCUUGGCACUGGUGGGGUGCACUAGACAUGGCAGGGAGGUUGCUGGGGGUAGAGUGGGCAGGCGCUUCUGGGCCAUGACCUGCUAGGAAAGUAUCAGAGUCAGGAAGAGUUGAGCUGUUCUCAGUGCUCCCAGAAGACAAAACACUGGAGGGGUUUUUGUAUGCUUGCUUUUGUUUGGUUUUGCUUUGUUUCUCCUUUCCCCUGAAUCCCAAGGCUUAUUCCCCUUCUCUCCUCUCCUAUUUUUUUGCAAAAGUGGAAACUGAGGCAGAGGACAAGUUAGCUGGAGAUACCUGUGUCUGUGAGGGAAAGGUGAUAGGGAGGCAAGCACAUCGAAUUUGGAGUAAAAAAACCUCAGCUCAAGGCUUGCCACAUUGCUCCCUGAGUGACUUAGGGCCAAAAUGCUUCUGCUUUUGGGGGCCUCAGCCUCCUCAGCUACAAUAUGGGAGAGGUCCUGCCUAUCUCGCAGGUUUGCUGAGACCAGAUGCAUGGAAAAGAGCUUUGUAGAAGAGAAUGCACUGGACACUUCUGAGGUGCAGUCUUCACCACUGUAGAUGGGCUCCUUCCCUCCUCCUUGCCCUCACCAGGGUAUUGCUAACCCAUCGGGUGUCUUUGUGAGAAUUAGAAAAAGUACCUCUUGUGGAAGGAGACAGUGUUUGGCCGGGCUAGCGAUUUGUGGUCUUAAUUAUGAGAAUUAUUAGAAGGCACACUUUACCCCGGAUGCCCCUCCAGCAGCUGCACAAGUGGAAUGUGGGCUAGAUUCCAGCUCCCUCUGACCCUCAGGCGAGCACCCUUGUGCAGGACACCUCUGCACAGCUGUACUUGUCAACCCUUCUCAGGAGGACCCCAGUGUCUUUAAGAGAUACAAAGCUACACACACUCCCAGGGUAUUUUCUGAAGAAGCCCACAUGCCAGGCUGCUUGCAGCUCAUUCUUUCCUGCUUUGUCUCCACUUCAGGGCCUUUGGGUAUCAAGCCCCAAAGCCUCUGCCCUACUUGAGAGCAGGCUGGAAUCCCACCCUCAGAGAGUGACUCCUUUGAGUUAAGCAGUGCCUUCAUCCAGGUCUCUGCAGGAGGAGUUACUGAGUCCCUAACCUCUCAUGUGAAGAGCUGUAUCAGUUUGCUUUUCUCAGGGCCAAGAACAGAAGAAGCCUCUGCACACCUGUGUAGCACUGCUGUUUGCAAACUAUGUGCACACCUGCUAUCUCAGAGCAUCCUCGCAGCAAGCUUGUGAGGCGCCAUGCUGCCGCUUCUGCUGGGCCUGCUGGGCCCGGCAGCGUGCUGGGCACUGGGCCCGGCCCCAGGCGCCGGUUCUUCCGAGUUGCGCUCGGCCUUCUCGGCGGCGCGCACCACCCCCCUGGAGGGCACGUCGGAGAUGGCGGUGACCUUCGACAAGGUGUACGUGAACAUCGGGGACGACUUCGACGCGGCCACUGGCCAGUUCCGCUGCCGCGUGCCCGGCGCCUACUUCUUCUCCUUCACGGCUGGCAAGGCCCCGCACAAGAGCCUGUCGGUGAUGCUGGUGCGCAACCGCGACGAGGUGCAGGCGCUGGCCUUCGACGAGCAGCGGCGGCCCGGCGCGCGCCGCGCGGCCAGCCAGAGCGCCAUGCUGCAGCUCGACUACGGCGACACGGUGUGGCUGCGGCUGCACGGCGCCCCGCAGUACGCGCUCGGCGCGCCGGGCGCCACCUUCAGCGGCUACCUGGUGUACGCCGACGCCGACGCGCCUGCGCGCGGGCCGCCCGCGCCCCCCGAGCCGCGCUCGGCCUUCUCGGCGGCGCGCACGCGCAGCCUGGUGGGCUCGGACGCGGGCCCCGGGCCGCGGCACCGGCCGCUCGCCUUCGACACGGAGCUCGUCAACAUCGGCGGCGACUUCGACGCGGCGGCCGGGGUGUUCCGCUGCCGCCUGCCGGGCGCCUACUUCUUCUCCUUCACGCUGGGCAAGCUGCCGCGCAAGACGCUGUCGGUGAAGCUGAUGAAGAACCGCGACGAGGUGCAGGCCAUGAUUUACGACGACGGCGCGUCGCGGCGCCGCGAGAUGCAGAGCCAGAGCGUGAUGCUGCCGUUGCAGCGCGGCGACGCCGUGUGGCUGCUCAGCCACGACCACGACGGCUACGGCGCCUACAGCAACCAUGGCAAGUACAUCACCUUCUCUGGCUUCCUCGUGUAUCCCGACCUCACGCCCGCUGGCCCACCGGGCCUCAGGCCCCCGGAGCUCUGAGCCCUCGCCCGGAGAGGAGCACCGGAGGGCCAGGGGACAUGGGGGCUUGCAUGCAGAGCGGGGGCCGCCGCCCGAUCGGCCCGCGGGCGCGAGCGCGACUGCCUGCCUCCCCAGCGCGCUGGACUCUGCCAAUAAAGUGGGCCUCCGCGGCGCUGUCAGCCCAG